GGACCAAUAAGGAAGCAGCAUCAUGGAGGUUUUCCGCUUUGCCCGAACUUCUUGACAGAUCCGACUUCAGAUUGAGAGAAUUCAAGAUGGCUGCUACAGGUUCUAAAUAAAGGGCUAACUCCUCUAAAUCCUGCUGUGCAUGAAGCUCUCCUGAGGUUGUGGUGUCUCAGUGCUGUGUCCACCAGCUCCUCCUGCUUCUCAUCAUGUCCUCCACCUCCUCCUCCUACUCCUCCUCAGGGGAGACCAGUCCGGAGGAUGUACCCAGAGGUGGGGGCACCAUCCGAGUCUACCUCCCCAACAAACAGAGGACAGUGGUCAAUGUCCGCCAAGGGCAGACUGUGCACGAGAGUCUAGAUAAAGCGCUCAAAGUGAGAGGCCUAAGCCAAGACUGCUGUGCUGUAUUCCGCCUUUUAGAAGGUCGUAAGAGACUGACAGACUGGGACACAGACAUCACUCCUCUGGUUGGUGAGGAGCUUUUAGUUGAAGUCCUGGAUGAUAUUCCCCUCACCAUGCACAACUUUGUACGGAAAACUUUCUUCAAACUGGCUUACUGUGAUUUUUGCCAUAAAUUUCUUUUCAACGGCUUCAGAUGUCAAACAUGUGGCUACAAAUUUCACCAGCACUGCAGCAGCAAGGUGCCUACUGUGUGUGUGGACAUGGAUACAGUGAGCAAAAGGUGUGAGCCCAAUCCCUGCACAGAUGAAUAUCCACAGAUACUAAUGCCAGAGAAUUCCCCGUCUCAGGGCAGCCUAGCCUUAACCCCAGAGCCUGCUGGAAUGGGCCUCCUGUCCCCGACGUCCACCUUUCACUUCCCCAUGUCAGGUGGAGAUGGCCAGUCUCUACAGAGGCACCGCUCCACCUCCACUCCUAAUGUCCACAUGGUGAGCACAGUGGGCCCCGGGAGCGUCAGCAUCAUUGAGGAAGCAGUAAAAUUACACAACACAAUGGGCCCUGAGCCGUCACCGAAGCCCUCCACCAGUCCACCCUCUUCUCUUGGCUCUCCAGGAAGGAGGCCACCCAAAUCCCCUUCAGAGCACAAGGAGCGCAAGCCCUCCUCAUCUGACGAGAAAAAGAAGGUGCAUCGAGGUGCCUACAGAGACUCUAGUUACUACUGGGAGGUCCACUCUCGAGAAGUCAACAUCCAGAAGAGAAUAGGUGCUGGCUCCUUUGGAACUGUCUUUAAGGGCAAAUGGCAUGGAGACGUGGCAAUCAAGAUACUCAAAGUCAAAGAGCCAACGCCUGAGCAGUUACAGGCAUUCAAAAAUGAGAUGCAGGUCUUACGGAAGACUCGCCACGUCAACAUCCUGCUGUUCAUGGGCUAUAUGACUAAGCCCAACUUUGCCAUCAUCACACAGUGGUGUGAAGGCAGCAGCUUGUAUCGCCAUCUGCAUGUAACAGAAACCAAGUUUGACACUAUGCGUCGCAUUGAUGUGGCCCGGCAGACGGCACAGGGCAUGGAUUAUCUUCAUGCAAAGAACAUAAUUCAUCGAGAUCUGAAAUCAAACAAUAUUUUCCUCCAUGAGGGCUGGACUGUCAAGAUUGGUGACUUUGGCCUGGCCACGGUGAAGUCUCGGUGGAGCGGCUCCCAGCAGGUUGAACAGCCCAGUGGAUCCAUUCUCUGGAUGGCUCCUGAAGUGAUCCGAAUGCAGGACAGUAACCCGUAUACGUUCCAGUCUGACGUGUACGGCUACGGAGUAGUGCUGUUUGAGCUGAUGUCAGGGACGCUGCCUUACUCCAAUAUCAACAACAGAGACCAGAUAAUCUUCAUGGUUGGACGCGGUUACUUGUCUCCAGACCUCAGUAAGCUGUAUAGUACCUCACCUAAGUCAAUGAAAAGGCUUAUUAUCGACUGCCUGAAGUUCAAGCGUGACGAGAGGCCCCUGUUUCCACAGAUCCUGGUAGCCAUUGAGCAGGUGCAAGACCUGCUGCCAAAAAUAGAGCGGAGCCGCUCAGAGCCGUCGCUGCACCGGGCCGUCCAUGCUGAGGACCUGAACCCCCUCCUGUUCCACACCACCAGGCUGAUGCCCCUCUAAGCGGAGAGGCUGUCACCUUGUCCAGAACCACAGCAUUCCCGUGCCUCAGAGAGGCCACCGCUGGCUGCCUGACAGGCCGAGACCCACAACUAACUCUGCAGCAAAGCUCAGUAACAAACUGUAGAAAUAACUCAUGUCUUUCUUAGUCUAAUAGUGAGCCUUCUUUCCCUUUACAAAGACCUGACCACCGGGGAAAGAAGGGUAUCUAGAUGUAAGUUAAAAUGUCUGACAUCAGGCCAACGGAGGAAAUCCAUUGAACAGGUUGGCUUGCUUUUGACAAUCUGAGCUACUGGGAGGCAAACGUCAUACUAAAAACAUGUAGCAGCUGAUUCUAGAAAAAUCUGAAAGCCACAUGAUGUGCACAUACGCUGCAGAAUUAUUGUUUCCCAUUUUCAGGAGUAAAAUAGUCUUGCUCAGACCCUUUAGUGCACUGUGAUCAUAGCCAGAAAUGUAAAUCGGUUCAACAGCCGUGAAGCUGGGCUGCUGGUGAUCAGCUGACAUCUUAAAACGCUCAGCUGUCAUGUGGCCCUUUCAGCAGCACGAGUGGGACUGGAGACCUGAGAUGUGAAGCUAGUGAUGUGAAUGCAAACGGAAUGCCUGCUUUAGAAGGUUUUUGUUUAGGAGUGGAUGUUUUGUCUCAUUGGGGACUUUUGCAGAUAUUUCCACACCACUGUGACAAACCUACAGGAGCAGCAGAGGAGGUGAAAGUCAGACUUUAGAAGGCCUGCAGUAGCAACAGACAACUUGAGGCACGGAACUUUGCAAAGAGGUCUAGUUAAAAAUCACCGUGUCUGAUAGUUCCCUUGUUGAAGCUCUCUGACCACAGAGAAUAGCAGUGAAGUCUGGAAAAAGAGACAAACGGGUCUGUCACAUCAUUUAGGAAAAACUCAGUCAUUAGGAUAAAUGUCCUCAAGUAGGUGCUCAGUUGUCUUUGGAAUCACAGCAUGUAUCUGUGGACAGUCCCAGUAAUGGUGCAGUAAACUCAUAAUUAUCUAGUGGCCAAAUGAGCAGCUGACUCAGCAGGGCCUGGCAACACUGACUGUAGAUCCAAAUCAAACUGUUUGAGCAACACUCUGCUGUCUGGGGGGUGGAGAGGCAUUUAUAUUACUGAGUCCUUUAUUUAGUCUUAAAAUCUUAUCGAUAGGAAAAGCACAAGUGAUUUCACUGAAUUAGCACUUAAAAACCAGAAC